AUGCGAGGAGAACUAGUCAUCCUAACUACAAAAGAUGGAGAUGCAACCAACGGACAAGCCGAUGCAACUACGGGCAUCAAACGAUCAACUAGAAGCAUCCCAACACAGUCGAUUGAGGAUUUAGAGCUGAUGUCCCAGAAAUGUCGACACCAUCCUUCAACUUCGCAUACAACUCGUGUAUUCUCACUUUCGAAAAACUUUUCCGAUAAUAAAACAGAACAUGCAGAUCUUCGUCGGACGCUAUCACAAACUGCCCGAGCAUUUUGCUUAAUUGCUAUCAAUGUUGCUGCUGAUGAUGAUCAGAGUCCUUAUUAUGGAGGCCACAACUCUCCCUACCACCCAGCUCCACAGGCGGCGCCACCCACACAUGAACAUGAACAUGAACCUCACCCACCCUAUCUCUAUAAAUCUCCUCCUCCUCCAUCUUCAUAUAUUUACAAGUCUCCACCACCUCCUCCAUAUUAUUAUAAGUCUCCUCCUCCACCUUCUCCUUCUCCACCACCUCCAUAUAUCAACAAAUCUCCUCCUCCUCCCUCUCCCUCUCCACCCCCACCAUCACCUUCACCACCUCCACCAUAUAUUUACAAGUCUCCUCCUCCACCAUCACCUUCACCACCACCUCCAUAUUUCUACAAGUCUCCUCCACCACCAUCCCCAUCACCACCACCUCCUUAUAUCUAUAAAUCACCACCACCACCAUCUCCAUCACCACCACCACCAUAUGUCUACAAGUCUCCACCUCCUCCAUCACCUUCACCACCUCCUCCAUAUAUUUACAAGUCACCACCUCCACCUUCUCCGUCACCUCCUCCACCAUAUAUUUACAAGUCUCCACCGCCACCUUCACCUUCACCUCCUCCUCCUUACAUUUACAACUCUUCACCGCCUCCACCAAAGCAAGGCUAUCUCUACACUUCACCUCCACCUCCUAAGUAUUAA